CUUCAAACUGAAAACUCCAAUCUUUAAGUACUGCUCAGGCAAUUCUUUGAGCAAGGAUCCCAUGCCCCGCAGAAAGAUGACGGGCAUCCUGACGUGAAGAGAUUUGUGGGAUUGGCCGGGCUCUCGCGCCCCUCUAAGAGAUGGCGAGCGACCGGGUCACUUUAGUUUAACGGCGUUGGAGGGCUAUUCACAAACGCAAAGUGGUCCCAACUUCUCCACCUGUAGUUUCUGCUGAGAACCAAAGCUAGGCUGAGCAAAAGGACUGCAAGGAGGCAGAUGGAUUACAAUAUGGGAAAAUGCAAGAUUAUUCAGUGGAAACCAGAGAUUCUGCAAGCCCUCAUGGCACUAUUGGACUCAGUCCACCCACGGUGGCAGGAUUUCCAAAGCUAUGACGAUCUCGGCAGUACGUACUUUGCAAAUAAACUUGGUAUCUUCGCUAUUGGUUAUAAUACGAGAUGGGUGGAGGACAUACGAUAUCAUUAUGCAGAAAUCAGCUCGCAGGUGCCGGUUGGAAAGAGACUGAAGGAAUAUUUAAAUCCAGAUAAACCAGAAGGCAAAGUGAUCGCUGUUAAGCGUCAAAAAAUGAACUGGAAGAAAGUCUAUUACAAGCUAUUUGAGAUCACAAAAAGUGAGGCACGUUGUCUUGAGCUACACUUUGCUUUUGAAUGGAUACCCAUUGCCCUUUCCCGUGCAGCCAGUGACAACACCGUACAAUAUUUGCUUCCGGGCGGGAUCCCGGAUACUAAUGGACUAUAUGUCAUUGGUUGUGAAGAGGCAGAGGACGAGAAUCUUUCCCCACGGCGAGAUUACGGCAUUCGAGUGCUGCCAAGGGUGUCGCUGCAGCGGGACUCGAGUGGCAGUACUGCAGGACCAUCGCUUUUGGAAAAUGAAGUUAGUGAUGCCAGUGAAAUGAAGUCAAAAAUUCAUUACUGUUAUCUAGGUGUGGCAGAGGAGCAAACCAUUCGCCAGUGCAUACUGCAACACUUUCAACCACCAGUCAAGAUGCUGGGCAUGGAGACAUGUUCAAUCAACAGCUUCCUCUCUGAAAACUGCCGAGCAGGAGCCAUCUCCAGAUCUAUUUACAUCAAAUUUAUAGAAGUAGAAAAAGAGUAUCUCUCUUCAGGCUGCGUGCAGGAGUGUUUGGAAAAAGCCAUGGGGUAUUCUUUACGGUUCACAAAGUAAAUUCCAACCAGAGCCAACAUAAUCAAUUGUGAUGUACAAAGAUUUCUGCCUGGUCACAUUUAGAACUGCAAUAAUGUCAGGGUUUUGAUUUUAAAGCUUCCCACAUUUACUGUACUUGAAGGGUUUCAAUACUAUUACGGCUGAGAGAGAAAAACAAGAAGUUGAGUCACUUUGCUCAAAACAAAUUGGAAUGGAAGUGCAAGACAGUAGCUGAAAUGCUAGACAUGUAGUUUGGAGUUGGUCUGCUCUGUGGAUUUAAAGUUCAACUCUUGAAAGUGAUUGUUGGAGCCCCAGUACUUUAACUACGCUGAAAAGUCUAAUGUCUUGGUUACAGUUAAGUUGAGUUGAGUUACAGGCUAACCAGUUUAGGUCAGGAAUGCAGAUCGUGAGAGCACCUAAAUGUUACACUGAAGUGGUGGUAUGUUGAGAUGUUUGCCUUACUUGCAUUCUGUGGUUUUAGCAUUGCCCAGUAGUCAAACCCACCAGUCACUUUUGUGAUGACUUCACUGGGUUACAGGCCAUGCAACCAAUUUAAUUGGGUGCAAAUCCAAACAUGGAGAAAGGGAAAGAUGGAAUUGAAAUGGGAUGUAUCUGCAUGCAUGCCUUUUCCACUGAACUUAGCAUUGAACUUGCGAAGAAGGAAUCUCUGGUUCAUAGAAACAUAGAAACAUAGAAAAUAGGUGCAGGAGUAGGCCAUUCGGCCCUUCGAGCCUGCACCGCCAUUUAUUAUGAUCAUGGCUGAUCAUCCAACUCAGAACCCCACCCCAGCUUCCCUCCAUACCCCCUGACCCCCGUAGCCACAAAGGCCAUAUCUAACUCCUUCUUAAACACAGCCAAUGAACUGGCCUCAACUGUUUCCUGUGGCAGAGAAUUCCACAGAUUCACCACUCUCUGUGUGAAGAAGUUUUUCCUAAUCUCGGUCCUAAAAGGCUUCCCCUCUAUCCUCAAACUGUGGUCCCUCGUUCUGAACUUCCCCAACAUCGGGAACAAUCUUCCUGCAUCUAGCCUGUCCAAUCCCUUUAGGAUUUUAUAUGUUUCAAUCAGAUCCCCCCUCAAUCUUCUAAAUUCCAACGAGUACAAGCCCAGUUCAUCCAGUCUUUCUUCAUAUGAAAGUCCUGCCAUCCCAGGAAUCAAUCUGGUGAACCUUCUUUGUACUCCCUCUAUGGCAAGGAUGUCUUUCCUCAGAUUAGGGGACCAAAACUGCACACAAUACUCCAGCUGUGGUCUCACCAAGGCCUUGUACAACUGCAGUAGUACCUCCCUGCUCCUGUACUCGAAUCCUCUCGCUAUAAAUGCCAGCAUACCAUUCGCCUUUUUCACCGCCUGCUGUACCUGCAUGCCCACUUUCAAUGACUGGUGUAUAAUGACACCCAGGCCUCCCCAUCUUACAUGUGGUCCAAGUGAAUGCAGGAAUCUGACUUGGCAGUGUUGCAAGUCCAAAUUUACCCCUGUAUAUCCACACAAAUAUUCCAAUACAGAUCACUAGAUCUACUCAAAGAUCUUCAAACCCAUGGAUCUUUAGGGUCAAAGUGGCAAUCUGUACAUGUCUUUAAUUCAUCUUGGCAACAUUUCUGCUACUAAUGAAUACAAUAAUGAACUUUAAAAUUAACAUAAUUGAUUUUGUUUUUAAAGGAAUAAAUGGGAUUGCUUCUUAUUGGGAAGAAAAACACUCAUUCACUUUCCAUAAUAAUUCUGUACCAGGGUAUCAAUGCUUUCUGAGCAACAAGUUUGCAAAGACUCAGUUAUGCAGGUGUCUGAAGGGUGUUAUUUUUCAUAUUUUUUCAGGAUUCCAACAUAGCAGCAUAUUUAAACAAGUAGUACUGGUGUACAUUUGUACUGCAGUGUGAUUCUAUGAAUGCUUUCCUGAUUUUUCAUUGGAGAUACUCGGUUGCUUCAUUAUUACUUUCCUUAAUUAACUAUCAUAUUAAAAGUCACUUGCCCAUCAGUUCUUCAUUGCUGAAUGCAGUUUGCUCCCGGCCUUAGGCAGAGGCUUCAAUAAGUUACAACUUCACCACCUCAACACAUGUAUUCAAUAUUGGAUUCACCUUCCCCAUUCCUCCCACCACUACCUUUACUGUAUCUUGCUGUGGUUAUGGAAGUGAACCAUUACUAAUUCAAAACCACCAGUUUUCAUGACUAUCUGGGCCAAAAGCUUCAGCAGAAACACACAUUUUCAGAAACAAUAUUAAACAAAUUUCUUCUCCAGUGCCCAAGCCAAUGUUUAACCCACAACCAACAUUAAAUGCCUUUUAUAUACGACUCCUGCUGUGACUAAUCAGGAAAUCUUAUCUUCCGUUACCAAGAGUUUCUUGUGGGACCACUGGACAUUGUGGACUGCUGUCUGAACUUCUUUGAGUUAUUUAGAGUUAAAAGCUGUCCUACAGCAGA